AUGGCCGAAGCUGGCAAGGUCAAGCCAUCUUGCCCGGAAGCAUGCACUUGCAUCUUCCAACCUGUACUCGUCGACAAGCUCGAUCACGGUGAUGACAACGCUCCUGCCCGUGUCUAUCCAUCUGAUGAUCUUCAUCAACGAUAUCGGAUCACUACUGAUAUCAGGCCCCUGAACCACCUUUCACUGCGGACAGACAGCAAUGGUCGCUUCGUCUAUUACCCGCAAUCUGUGGUACGAGAUCUUCCUCCCACUUCUGAUGUUACCUCUAAACAAUAUCAGUCGUCGGCCAUCGAUCAACUCCGUCGCACGGAUAUUAACCACUGCAACUUCUGGUGUCGGUUGGAUCUGGUGGAUGCUUUCGGCUGUGCUCGAAUUCAUCCCACUCUGAUGACAAAGAUAGCGACCACUAGCGUCGACCCUAUCACUGGCAAAGAGCACGUCUGGCAAAUCUGCACCAUACCCCAGGGAUGGUGCUGGUCAAGUAUUCUCUUCCAUACCUGUGUACAUUGGCUUGUACACAACCCCAUCAAAGAAGCUCUCGCAAAAGCCAACUGCCCGUGCUCUGUCCUAUUCGUGCAAGAUGAUAUCCUGCUAGGUUGUCCUACCAAAGCUGAUUCUAUGAAGGCUCUUUCUAUCGUCACCAGUGUCCUACAAGACUAUUGCUUUGCUGUUAACCCCCUGAAGACUGUCGGCCCGGCAUCG